AUGCCUGUCGGAGCUGUACCUGCUAUCACCGGAAAGUUGCGCAAGCGACUCAUCCUUGACCUCACCGUUGCUCUUGGCGGCGGCACUGCCCUCGGUUACGGCUACUGGUACGCCAUUCACGUUCCCUCCGUUUCGCGCCGCGACGCCUUCUACGCUAAGCUCCAGGCCGAGCGCACCGAGUAA